UCCAACCCUUCUUCUCGCCCCUGAAUGCAGCAGAACAAACCCCAUGAUUUUCAGGAACUUUGGACGCACUAACUGCAGACACAGGCUGAGUUUAUUUGCAUUAGAAUGUUGAAAAACUGGAAGAGACAAAGAGACGUGCUCUGACAGAAAGAGGGGGAAAUAAAACCUUCAGAUCUGCAGCAGGUUGAUCUGAGAGAGCAGCAGCGGGGGAUUCACGACCUCUGUCAUCACAGACUCAGCAAACAUGUCACUGCGCUACCAGGACAAAGUUGUGAUUGUCACUGGAGGAUCCAAAGGGAUUGGCAGAGGGAUUGUCAAAGUCUUUGUGGAGAAUGGUGCCAAAGUUGUGUUUUGUGCAAGAGGAGCUGCAGCAGGUGAAGCUCUGGAGGCUGAGCUGAACAAAGCAGGGCGAGGCUCAUGCAAGUUCAUGUCAUGUGACAUCUCCAAAGAGGAGGACAUAAAGAGACUGGUGACUUCCACAGUGGAGACGUAUGGAUGCAUUGACUGCCUGGUGAACAACGCAGGGUGGCACCCUCCUCACAAACCGACUGAUGACACCAGUGCAGAGGAGUUCAGGGAGCUGCUCAAUCUGAACCUCAUCAGCUACUUCCUGGCUUCCAAAUACGCUUUGCCUCAUCUGCGAAAGCGCCAGGGAAACAUCAUCAACGUGUCCAGUCUGGUGGGAACCAUCGGUCAGAAAGAUGCUGCUCCAUAUGUCGCCACCAAGGGGGCGAUCAUCUCCAUGACAAAGGCGAUGGCUGUGGAUGAGAGUCGCUUCAAAGUGAGAGUGAACUGCAUCUCUCCGGGUAACGUCUUGACGCCUCUGUGGGAAGAGUUAGCCGGACAGACACCAGACGCUGCAGCGGCCAUUAAAGCAGGAGAAAACUCACAGCUUCUGGGUCGUAUGGGGACGGAGGAGGAGAGCGGACUUGCUGCCUUGUACCUCGCUGCUGAUGCCACUUUCUGCACGGGGAUAGACUUGCUGCUCAGCGGGGGAGCUGAACUCAACUACGGUUUCAAGAGUCAGAUCCCAUCUUGAUGUCCAGUUUGAUCUCUGCAGCCUCCUCCUGGUUGUGAAAGAGCUAUUUUAAGAGAUGAAUGUGUUUUAAUGCAGAUUACACAUAAAAACCAAAGAAGUGUAAUGUAGAGAUUAUUUUCCUUGCACUAAAAACUGACAUGUUAUUAAUUUAGUUUAAGGUUUUGGCAUCCUGACCAACUGUGUAAUAAGACUGAUACCCCUCCCUCCUGAUCACCCAAUCAGAAUCAACCUCUCUGACCUAAAAUAACCUCUCCAGUUGGAAGCUGCUGGAGUCCACCAAUCAGAUGUCACGAUUUCAUUACGCCUCAAAUGACUUCCUGAAUGUAUUGUUCAAUGAAACCAUGCACUGUAACCGCAAUACUACAUAAUUAAACUCGCGUUGUUGCUCUUCUUA